AUGUCACAAAUCUCACUCGUGGCCGUGCCAGGCCAACUUCUCGGCUCUAGUAGCGAAUAUCUGCCAGGUCCAGGUACACAUAUCCAUUCCUCGAAUCUCUACGCCUCCAUCCUUGGACCCAUCAAAACAGUAGCACCGCCCAAACCUAGCUAUCCCCAAAAGCGAGCCACGAAGAUUAUACCUGCGGCACCCGCGCCUCUCUCUACUAUCUCUAUUGAAAGAGCUACACUCACUGGAGACAAGGCGGAGAUUUUACCUGAAGUAAAUAGUACAGUUUUGUGUCGCGUUACAAGAAUUACUCCACGACAGGCAACAGUUGCGAUAUUGGUUGUAGGCGAAACGGUUUUGGAGGGCGAAUGGCAGGGCUUGAUUAGAGUACAAGACGUGAGGGCUACGGAGAAGGAUAAGGUCAAGAUUUUUGAGAGUUUUAGACCAGGGGAUAUUGUGAGGGCUGUGGUGAUCUCAUUAGGUGAUCAAUCGAAUUAUUACCUCAGUACGGCGAAAAAUGAGUUGGGAGUUAUCAUGGCGACGAGUGAGGCUGGCAAUGCAAUGUAUCCGGUCAGUUGGAAGGAAUACAAGGAUCCGGAAACGGGAGCCAGUGAGAGCAGAAAAGUUGCCAAACCAUUCUAG